GUUCUUUUCCGUCCGAUGUUUACCGUUUUUUUUUUUUCUUCUUCUUCUUCUUCUUCUUCUUCUUCUAGUUCGAUGUGUGUGAUGUAAGUUAAACACUGUCAUGUUUAAGAUAUUUAAUAUUUGGUCAAUAUCUUGUCAGCAUUUAAUAUUUUAGUGACGCAUUGCAUCUACAAUUUCAGACUACAACUUAGCUAAAGACUUGUUUUCUAGCUAACUAAGUUGGUAGUAUUUUUUAAUAAUAACAAACAUGGCAGCGGAUGGAACACCUUGCGCAGACUUCAUGGACUGGGAACUAGAAACGUCGACGUGUAAUGGACUUAAACAGGAGAAACAACUGUGUGCCUCUCAAAGGAGGUGCUACAGCUUAUGCAGGAGGAAGUCGUUUUCCGCCUUUGUGGCAUCCAAGAGGGACGGCAGUGCGGAGGAAGGAAGCCCGCCUUGGCGCUGCUGUGGCCAGACCUUCAACGAACACUCUGCCGUUCACAAACACGCGGCUGGGACCCAUGACGCUGAAAUACGACAGCUCACACAGGCCGCGUACGAGCGCUCGUUAAGCCAGCUGGGAGAAGAAGCUGAAACGCAGCGGCGGACCGAGCGUGAGGCCGAGCCGGUGGACAUCUCUGCCUGGAUUCCUGAAAGUGGUCACAUCUCUGAGGAGCAACUUCAGAAGGGUCCAGGCAAGGUUCUCCUCUUUUAUCGUUACUGUCCGGUGGAGGAUCCACAUGCCGUCCGUGCUUGGCAGGAAGCUUUGUGUGAGAAGCUCCACUUAACUGGCAAAGUGCGGCUGGCGACCGAAGGCAUCAAUGGGACGGUCGGUGGAACCGAUGCGGCCACGGACCUUUACAUCGACGCUAUGCGCUCACACCCGCUCUUCAAGAUGGAGAAGGAGGAUUUUAAGACAAGUGAUGGCGGCCCAGAGUGUUUCAAAGACAUGAGGGUUGGGGUUCAUAAGGAAAUCGUCCCGAUGGGAAUGGAUCCUGAUGUUAUUUCCUACCAGCUGGCAGGAGAUCAUCUGGAGCCGGAGGAGUUUCAUGAAGAAGUGAAGGCUCUGUUGGCGAAAGGGGAUUCGUGCAAUGACACCAUCCUCCUGGACUGCCGCAAUUUCUACGAGAGUAAAAUUGGGCAGUUUACUCAGUGUCUGGCCCCGAGCAUCCGCAAGUUCAGCUACUUCCCGGACUACGUCGACCAGAACCUGGACCUGUUCAGAGACAAGAAGGUGUUGAUGUACUGCACGGGGGGGAUCCGCUGUGAGCGCGGCUCGGCGUACCUCCGCUCCAAAGAUGUGUGUAAAGAGGUUUACCAGCUGAAAGGCGGAAUCCACAAUUACCUGGAGCGAUUCCCAGAGGGUUUCUAUCGAGGGAAGCUUUUCGUGUUUGAUGAACGCUACGCCAUUUCCUCCAACAAGGACGUCAUCUCAGACUGCAGGUACUGCGGCGGUCCCUGGGACCAGUACGAACUCUGCUCCACCGAGUUCUGCCGUCAGCUGGUUCUGUCCUGUCCCGCCUGCAGACGGGACGACGGACGCACCGCCUGCUGCCCCGCCUGCCAAACCAAAGGCCGGGCUCCGCACCACAGAGAGGAGUGCGAGUGCACUGACGGACGUCCCAGGAUCCCUCGGGAUGCGUAGCCAAACAGAGACGGUCACGAUUUUGGACGUCAACGCCCGCAGCCGACGCGAAAAGGGGAAAUUAAUACCGAAUGUGCAAUUAAAGCUGCAAGCAGCGACGUGCGGGCGAUCGCACCUUCUUCGCACGUUGAAUGUGCCGGCAGGAUGCAGGCUUGAGACGUUUUCCUGCAUCCAGUGACGCUGGAAAUUAUGCUUUGCAAACAGUCCACCACUUCCUGUAUCCACUGUGUGGCGCUAGACGACAUGCGUCAACAUGCUUUAUGUUAUGACACUGAUAAAGACGGCUGGCCCGACGGUGUCGGUGCUCGGGCACUAACUAGAAUUAGUGGAAGGUGCCUAGUUUGUUUUAAAAAAGUUAUGAAUUUUUAGAUGAAGGGGUUUAAGUCAGUUUCAUUGUUUCUAAGGAGGAUUUAUUUUGAAGCUAGUCCUCCGUGAGUCUGAUAUUAGAAGAUACAACCAUCUUUAAUUGAGAAGAUUUAAGAAUGCAUCUGUUUAAUUAAAUGAU